GCCCAAUGAUGAAUCAUAGACCAAAAAAACCACCUAACCUCAAAAAACCUCACACGACAUUCCUCACCUCUCAACUUCACUCAUAAAACAAACCUACCUCAUCCCCGUCCGUCGCCCAUUCAUCACAAUCCAUCACAGCCCAUAAACUCAUGACCAUCCGAACCCUCUCAACCCGCCGCAUAUCCCAACUAACCCACCACCUCCAAUCCCCAACUUCACCAUCACGCUCAGCUUCACCCAGCUCAUCGCGCACCAUGUCCUCCUCCCCAUCAACAGCAAAAGCCUCACCAGGCCCAGCGCCCUGGCGCGCCCCCUUCCUCAAAAACGUAAACGAAAUGGCCUCACCAGAAUUCAACCUCGCAACAAUCCACACCUCAUCCUCAUCCUCUGCCUCAUCCUCCCUCACCCCCCGCCUCCGCACCGUAAUCUUCCGCGGCCUCUGGGCCUCCCUCCCAGUCAACCCAAAAAACACAGCAGACCUCAACCCGCCCCUCUACGAAUCCGACCUCCUGACCCUAACAACCGACGCCCGCAUGGCAAAAGUGCCCGACUUCCUAAACCCCAACGGAGAAAAAGACGACGUCAAAAAAUCAGGCGGCGGCGGCCCCGUAGAAGCGUGCUUCUGGACCGACGCAAAAGUCCAAUGGCGCGUCCGCGGCGAAGCCUUCCUCCUCGGCCCGGACAUCGACUCCUCCUCCUCCUCCUCCAAAGCGCUCCGCGAGCACCUCCUAGCCCGCAUGCGCACCGUGACGCCGGCAGACGCCAAACGCCGCCGGGAGGAAGACAUCCCCUCCGGCAAAACCGUCAUCGGCUCCUCGGAACAGGACUGGUCCUUCGCCCGCGAAGUCACGGCGCACUUUGGCAACUUGUCGCCCAUGAUGCGCGGCACGUUCCGGAACCCGGUGCCGGGGACGUCCCGCGCCGCGAACCCGCCCUCGGACACGCUGAAGCUGGGGCAAAAGGUCGAGGACCUGGACGACGAGGUCGCGAGGGAGAAUUUCCGGGUCGUGGUGAUUGUGCCGACCGAGGUGGAUCAGACGGACCUGAGCGCCUCGGAGGACCCGAGACGGUACCUGUACCGGUUCGUCGGGGCCGAGGCCGAGGGGGAGGAGACGGAGGGUGGUGCGGAGAGGGUGAAUGGGUGGGAGAAGAUUGAGCUGUGGCCGUAGAGGAGAGGUCUCGGUGACCCAUGAUUGGAAUAGAUCCGUCUACUACUCCGUAUGCACGGUAGAUUCAAGACAUCACUGGCUAUAGACUUUGCGUCGCAACCUCAUCCAAGGAAUAUCAUCAUUCUGAGCCCAUGUCACGCGCGCCUUCACAUCAUGAUCGUACAAUUGUUUGCGCCUCAAAACGUGGAAGAUGUGCCAACGAAGCGCUAGCCUCA